AUGAACGGUAGUAGAUCAACAAAUGGCUCCAAAGGAGGAUACUCGCGGACAGUAUACUAUGGAACCUUUCUGAACGUGACUCGUGGGCCGGACACACAGGCAACGCCAAACUUGCCCCCAACCUAUCGACUAGUUGUUAAUCACGGUGCCUUGUGGGUAAACGAAACAGAAGGCAGGAUUGAAGGUUUUGACUGGGAAGUACAAAGUGAAAACGAGUUGUCUCAACUAAUCGAGAGGCAUGGAUGGGACCUGAAUGGAACGGAAAACGCUGGGACAUUUGUGAACAUUGUGAGGUCAAGGAAGGAGAGAAACGGCUUCUUUUUUCCAGGGUUUGUGGAUACCCAUAUUCAUGCUUCGCAAUACCCCAACUCUGGCAUUUUUGGUUCGUCAACGCUGCUUGAUUGGUUAGAGACCUAUACAUUCCCAUUGGAGUCGUCCUUUGGAAACAAAUCAGAUCCUAAUAUUGCACCUCAAAAGGCGUACACUGCCUAUAACCGAGUGGUAGCUCGCACCCUUUCACAUGGCACCACGUGCGCUGCUUAUUUUGCUACAAUUCAUGUCCCCGCUACCAAUCUCCUCGCUGAUAUAUGUCAUGCUCGCGGCCAGCGAGCUUUGAUCGGCCGCGUCUGCAUGGACAACCCGGAAACCUGUCCAGGCGACUACCGCGACGAGUCCAGCGAGCAAUCCAUUGCCGCCACCAAAGCCUCAAUGGCACAUAUCCGUUCUCUAGACCCAAGCGGCCACCUCAUCCGCCCGAUCAUAACACCCCGAUUCGCCCCAUCCUGUACUCUUGAAACGCUCUCCAAACUCGGCGCCCUCGCAGCCUCAACGUCCCCACCAACGCACAUUCAAACGCACAUCUCCGAAAACAAAGAAGAGAUUCAACUUGUUCUAUCCCAAUUCCAGCAGUGCAGCAGCUACGCUGAAGUAUACGACAACGCCGCACUUCUCACCUCGCGCACCAUCCUUGCGCAUGGUAUCCAUCUCACACAAGCUGAACGCGAGCUGAUUCAUGCCCGUGGCUCGGCAGUUUCUCAUUGUCCCGCGUCCAAUUCGGCGAUUGGAUCGGGGUUAUGCCCGGUGCGGACGUUGCUGGAUGAUGGCAUACCUGUCGGCUUGGGUACGGACGUAAGCGGAGGGUAUAGCCCGAGUAUUCUGGAAGCAGCGCGGCAGGCGUGUUUGGUGUCCAGAUUGGUGUCUUUCCAGAAUGGGGCUGCUGAGAAGCAGGAGUCGAGCGCUAGCGGCCGGGAGAAGCUGAGUGUUGAAGAGGCACUGUAUUUGGCCACGCGUGGUGGUGCGAAAGUGGUUGGAAUGGAGGAUGAUAUUGGUGGAUUUGAGAAGGGAAUGUUCUGGGAUGCGCAAAUGAUUGAGCUAGGCGGAGUGAUAGGAAAGGACGAGGAUGAGGAGGAUAGGGGAAAUGUGGAUAUUUUUGGGUGGGAGAAUUGGGGAGAGAAAAUUGCGAAGUGGAUGUGGAGCGGUGAUGAUAGGAAUGUCAAGGCUGUCUGGGUGGGAGGAAGCCUAGUUCAUGGAAAGAUCCCUGGUGCAUGA